UGGAAAUAUGAUCUGCAACUAUCCAUCAUAUCCCCGCCAAAUAGGUUUCCACAGAAAUGCAAAAUUUCCCUCGAAAUCAACAACGCAAAAAGCGUAGAUAAAAUUGAAAAAUUAACUGACAUUUUCUGAGAGAAAUGGAUGAUCGGAGUGGAUUUGUGAAGGAAAUUGAAGUCCGCAGUUUGAUGGGUGACUCUAUUCGAGUAUCAAUUGAACCAACAAACACCAUUCACGACCUAAAGCUCCGCCUCAGGCAAUGUUUCCUCCCGAUUGCUUCUGCCCCCGAUUUCCACCUUUUCCACAAGGGUGUGAAAUUGGACUUGCAGAGUGAGAUCAGUAGCUAUUCGAUUGGGGUUGCGGAUUUUUUUGUUACCGUGCCGUUUGUAAAAAAGGACAGGAAACAUAGGCAAAGAGUUGAAGCAUCUGAAACAGUCCCCAAAGACUCAAACAGCAACGAUAGGUUGCCGAACUCAGCUGAAUCAGUUUGGUCUGACUUGAUGCAAGACCUUUCUUAUUUUCGAGACAUUCGUAACCAUGAAAAGCUAGCUGAGCCUAAGGUGACGUCCAAGAACUUCGAAAAUGAGAAUGACUGUGAGAUGAGAACAUCAUCGACUAUGAAGAGACAGAAGAAAGUGUCCAAUAAGGACAAACAAAAACCAUCCUGUGAUGCCCUAAACAUAUUGCAGACAUCUGGUGAUGGCAUGCUUGAUGAACCUACUCUUCAAAAAUUUCUUAAAUUUGUGGAUUCUUCUAGUUGCGUAAGUGAGCUGGCCACAGGGUCUUGUGUGAUGAGAGAAGCUGCCGCGGUUAUGGGAUGCAAGUUAGACUCUUGUGAGAGUAGUUCAUGCCUGUGUCCACUGUGGUUGAAGGACAUGAUGAAAACAUUCAUUUUAGUAAAUGUUUACUCUGCAUACCUCCAGCUGUCGCAGAAACAGAUCACUGUUGCUGCAGUUAUGGAACCACUGGAGCAACUUCAUAAAUUUGGAUAUCACCCUGGCAUUGCAGAUCUAGAGCAACUCUCUCGAUUAUGUCCCCAGGUGAUACUUAUUGUUGAGAAAGAAGAAGAGGCAGCAAACAUACGUGAUGCCCUUGUAGUAUAUAAGUCUUCGUUAGUGGAAACUGGAAAAAGGUUGUCUAAGUCAAAGGUUGUUAGUUCGAUGAAGAAAAGAGAAACUGCCUUCAGAGCUAUUCUUACGGAACCAGCAAAGUUACUCAUGAUUAAAAAUGGAGUGCGGACAGUUGAGUCUUUGUCACUGGAUGAUCUUAUGGUCUUUCUGAAUGAAAAAAAAAUUGAAGCUGCAGAAAGUGAAGUAAAACGAGAGAGGAGAAGAUCUGCGGCUUCAACUGCUUGUUCUUAUCAAGUAAAUUGUCAUGAGACAAAUUCAUUACAACCAGAGGAAAUGGUUGGGCAUCUAAAAAGCAAUCUAGGUUCGAGCGGACAGGUGGUUCACAUUGAAAAGAUUAGUGGCCGGAGUGCCAAGUAUGCUGAAAUACCUUCUCAGCUUUCUGAAAAUAUGAAGUUUGCAUUGGAGCGUGUAGGAAUUACUAAGUUGUAUAGCCACCAAGCCAAGUCAAUUCAAGCCUCCCUAGCUGGUAAAAAUGUUAUUGUGGCAACCAUGACAUCUAGUGGGAAAUCCCUUUGUUAUAAUAUUCCAGUUUUAGAAAUGUUGUCCCAUAAUCCAUUAGCUUGUGCUUUGUAUCUGUUCCCUACAAAGGCAUUGGCUCAAGAUCAAAUGAGAGCUUUGUUUUCUAUUAGCAAAGGACUUGAUGAUAGCCUAAAUAUUGGUAUAUACGAUGGGGACACUUCUAUGGAAGAUAGACUUUGGCUUCGGGAUAAUGCCCGUCUGUUAAUCACAAAUCCAGACAUGUUGCAUGUCUCAAUUUUACCGUUCCAUGGGCAAUUUAUGCGAAUAUUGUCAAAUCUUAGGUUUGUUGUUAUUGAUGAAGCUCAUUCUUAUAAGGGGGCAUUUGGUAGUCAUGCUGCUCUAAUAUUUAGACGGCUUCGUCGAAUCUGUUCUCAAGUUUAUAGCAGCGAUCCUUCUUUCAUAUUCAGUACUGCAACUUCUGCCAAUCCGCAGGAGCACGCUAUGGAACUAGCUAAUCUACCGGCAGUUGAAGUGAUUGCAGAUGAUGGUAGCCCUUCUGCCUUAAAGCUUUUUAUGCUCUGGAAUCCUCCUUUAUGCCUGAAAACCGUUUGGAAGAGAACAAAGGCCAGCUUGGGGGCAAACAAAUCCGUUAACAAAGUUGUGGUCGAUGGACGCUCAAGCCCUAUCCUGGAAGUUUCACAACUCUUUGCAGAAAUGGUUCAGCAUGGUCUACGUUGUAUUGCCUUCUGUAAAACACGCAAACUUUGUGAACUUGUUCUCUGCUACACGCGUGAAAUUCUUCAGGACUCCGCACCUCAUCUAGUAAAUAAAGUAUAUUCCUACCGUGGGGGCUAUGUCGCCGAGGACAGGAGAAGAAUUGAAAGUGAUUUCUUCAAUGGCAAUAUAUGUGGUGUUGCUGCCACAAGUGCCCUUGAGUUAGGCAUCGAUGUAGGAGAAAUUGAUGUCACACUACAUCUUGGAUUCCCUGGUAGCAUAGCAAGUAUGUGGCAACAAGCUGGAAGGUCGGGAAGAAGAGGAAAGCCAUCACUUUCUAUAUAUGUUGCAUUUGAAGGGCCAUUAGAUCAGUACUUCAUGAAGUUUCCAGAUAAACUUUUCAGGGGUUCAAUUGAAUGUUGCCAUGUUGAUCCUAAUAAUGAUCAGGUGAUGCAGCAGCACUUGUCAUGUGCUGCUCUUGAACUUCCAUUGAGUUUUAUUCACGACGUGGAUUACUUUGGUCCUGGCUUAGAGAAUGCUGUCAUGAAACUUAAAAGCAAUGGCAACCUGAGCACUGAUAUGUCGCGUGAUUAUGCUGCUAGAAUGUGGACCUACAUUGGGCAAGAGAGAUCUCCAUCAAGUGCUGUAAGUAUUAGAGCCAUAGAGACUGUGAGAUAUAAAGUAAUUGACAAGCUAAAUGAUAAAGUCCUUGAAGAAAUUGAGGAAAGCAAAGCAUUCUUUCAGGUUUAUGAAGGUGCCAUAUAUAUGAAUCAGGGGAAAACCUAUCUUGUAAAGCAGUUGGAUUUAUCAAGUAAAAUUGCUAGGUGCCUACUAGCUGACGUGAAGUACUAUACAAAAACUCGCGAUUACACAGAUAUUCAUGUGAUUGGUGGUGACAUUGCCUAUCCAGCUCGAUUUGCUAAUGGUCAGUUUGCCAAAACAACUGCUCAGGCACAUAUUUGCAAAGUAACAACUACUUGGUUUGGGUUUCGCCGCAUAUGCCGAAGAAGCAAUCAGGUUAUCGAUACUGUGGAACUCUCUCUUCCGGACUACACCUAUGAAUCGCAGGCUGUUUGGAUUCGAGUUCCACAAUCAGUAAAGACAGCAGUUGAGGCUUCACAUUACUCACUUGAUGGCGGAUUACAUGCUGCUGGGCAUGCUCUUAUUAAUGUAGUUCCUCUAUUUGUCAUAUGUAACCAAUCUGACAUAGCGUCUGAGUGUGCAAAUCCUCACGAUAGUCGCUAUGUUCCUGAAAGGGUUCUACUUUACGAUCCUCAUCCUGGAGGGACAGGCAUUUCAAGGAAGCUUCAGCCUCAUUUUCUGGAUAUGAUGACUGCUGCUUUAGAACUGCUUUCGUCGUGUCACUGCUCAGCCGAUGGCGGCUGUCCAAACUGCGUGCAGCAUCUAGGUUGCACCGAGUACAACGAGGUUCUACACAAGGAUGCUGCCAUAAUGAUAAUCAAGGGUGUUUUAGAUGCCGAGCGAUCCAACUUACAGAAAAACAACGAAUCUCCCGUUUGUUGAUUUGCAAGUUUUCAUUGGAAAGAAGGCCAAUUUUUUCAUUUUUUUUGAUGAUUCUUUCAUUGAUCAUCUAUACAUCUAUAAGGUGGAACCUUUGUACAAUGUUGUAGCUUUCUUCCCGCACUGUGCAUAAUGCAUCUGUCCUAAAAUUAUCAAUUAUUGAAGAAAAGUGAUCAUUAUUCUUUAACUACCUUAAA